AUGAUAGACGGUCGUUUUGAAGAAGCAACAGUCAUUGAUACUAAUACAUUAUAUAAGAUUACUGGGACAUGUAAAGAAGGUUCCGUGGAACAAUUAGUGUAUGACAAUAGAGUAGAUUAUCAUUUAACUACAAUAAAAUGUGCAUCGUAUUAUUAUCGUGAUUUCAUCGUCCGUUUGAUGAUAAAAAAGUCAGUUCUUAUAACUGGUGUAACAGGCUACGUUGGCAUUCAUUUAUUAUCGAGAUUGGUACGUCAGAGCAAUAUCGAUCGAAUUUUUUGUGUAACAAGAUAUAAGGAUCAUAACUCGUUUUGGUCAGCUAUUAAAUCACAAGCAAAUCAGUUCAACAUUACUAUGGACGUUUCGGAUAUUAAACCAAAGCUUGAUAUAGUCAAUAUAGAUCUCGCUCAAAAUCAGAAUUCAAUAUUACCUGGACUUCAAAAGUUUAAACAAUCAGUCAAAGAAGUUCAUCAUCUGGCUUGUGAUGGAAAUUAUGGGCAUUCAUUAGAAUAUUUCCAACCAUGGAUAAAUACGACCAAAGAACUAAUACAGUUUUGCAUGGAUUCCACACAUACCAAAUCUCUAUACGCAGUCGGAAGUUAUGGACAACACAUUAUCGAUAGUAUAAAUAAUGAUGAAGAUUAUUACUGGAUUAAUGGUUAUUUCAAAUACAAGAGAUGGCUUUAUAAUUAUAUGCUGGAGAAAAUAGACGAAGGCUUGCAAGGAAUAUUAAUUGAACCAGGAGUUGUGGUCGGCACCAUAGACCCUGGUCAAAAAUAUAGUUUUUGGCGCAUUACUCGCAUUUUUGCAGCAACAGGAUAUGCUUUCAAUUAUCCAAUGGUUUUCACGCCUAUGGAUAUGUUAAUUGAUAACUAUAUCUUGGCACAAAAUCACCCUAAUGAAUGCCCAAAAGUUAUAAGUCCACUUAUACCAAAGUAUUUAUAUGUGAAUAAGGCUGUACAGAAACUGUUACCAGAUUUAAAAAUGAUUGAGUAUGAAAAGUUCAGAGUCUUAAUGCAACAUGUAAUGCCGGAUAAAGCAAAAUAUUUCGGACCGAAUUUUCUUCGCAGUAUCUAUGGGCCGAAAUUGAUUGCAACUUUUCAUCCGUUCUAUGAUACGACAAAAUACGUCAGCAAGGACACAACAGAUUACCUUUCAAGCUGUAAAAGUCUAACAGAUGCUGUUGAACAAGGCUUCACGGACAGAAACAAAUAUAUAUCCGCAUUGGAAAAGAAACAUUAUCUAGUUUAA